GACCAUAAUAAACUGUCAGAAUAAACGUACGGACCUGACUAAAGUAACUGACGGAGUCCAUGCGUUUGGCACUAUAUUGGAUAUUUCAUAUAAAUCCAAAAAAGUUCGUAAAGCCCUAUAACAUUGUUGGAAGAACCUAUUGCUAAAAAAAUGAUAUUUUCAUGCAGACAAUAGGCCUAUAUGUGAGUCCUCCGGUCGAAUUGUGAAAGAAUGAUUUCCAAAACUCAUUCAUACGAGUAAGACCCAAAUUAAAUUAUUAAAAGCCUGAUUAUUAUUAUUAUUAUUAUAAAUGGUAUUAUUGGUUAUGGGCUAGUCAUGAGGACGAGCAGUAGGCUAGCCUAUCGUUUAUGUUUUUAUUAAUAUAGGCCUAUGCAUUAUGCACUUAUGGUGAAUGAUUUGUUAAUUUAUCGAUAAUAAUAGUGAUAUAGGCUUUAGCAAUUAAUUAGCUACUGCACGUGAAUCAUUUGGAUCACAGCAGUUUCGAUGUUUAUGGGAUCUCUAACAAUCAUGAGGAAUCACGCCCAAUCGGUAGAUCAUUGUUCACAGGUCGCUGGCCCCUAACUGUCCCCUAAAGAGUUAAGGUCCCCAUUGAAUAGUUCUUCCAGUUCUGUGGGAUUAGGAUUGCAAUGUGAUCACUCUUUAUUAUUUCCCAGGUCGAUUUAGGCGUUGAGCCUAUGGGUUUCAGGCAAAUUGUCGAAUGAAUGGGAUUCAUUUAUAUAUCGGGAUCAUCCUCACAUUAAGAGCUGUUGUGUUAAGGACAUCGCUCGAUGGCCUAUACAGAAUUGGUCAAAUUGUCUAUUAAGAGUUUUGAGUAGUUUAUUUGGGAUUUUAAAUGUGCCGUUAAUUCAACGUGAUGUGCUGAUUAUGAUGAAUCAUUUUAGCAAUUUGGCAGUGGUAUCACAAUGCUCAAAUUAAUAUGUAAAGCCUAGGCUACUUUAAUAUUAAAUGAGUGAGAGGGGAUCCCUUACCGUCACGUUGCCAUUGCUGAGCGAGUAAUCCCAAAGAAGAGCGCAUUAUAACGUUGAAUAUUUCCCACGUAUCAUAUUGUAUUGGUUUGUUUCACUGUCGUAAAUUCCCGCAAGUUUCACACCUAGUUGUUUCCAGAGGAAACAUCUAUUAUCCUCUAUUGCCAUGGCCAUGUCAAUGUCGCCGACGUGUGAUACAGUAUUUACAUGACUAUAUAUUGAGCUGCUGAAAGAGCCUGCUGGCUUUGUAGGCCCCGUGGGGCCCCGAGGGCCGCUUCCCAUACCGCUGCUCAUCUGAACGGAAUAUUAAAAAUGGAAUACAUAGGCCUACAUGAAUGGUCAUAAACGUUUAGAAUAAUGAUCUGCUUGCAAACUUGAUGAAAAGUGUUUAAAAACAUUUGAUUUAGUUCAUUUACUGUAUUGUUCGUUUUGGAAUUCGUGGGAAAGUGAACGAAGGAGGGGGGGAAGCCUAGGAAUGACAGGUGAACAAAUGCAAGGCUGGUUGGCUGUCUGUGGCCACUCUUUGAAGUGCAUUCAUGCCUAGACGUCUCCUGUUUGUUAGCAGGACACGGCCAUCACCCUGGGCCAUUUUCACAAAGCAACGUGACCAGCAGGGGGAAAAAAUCUGUCAAUCGACGCGGCAGACGGUAUAAAUAUCAUCCUGCCCUAGUCUUCACCACAACAGUCGCCAACUCUGAUCGCGUCGCGCCCACUUAGGAUAGGCUACCAGGACAUCUUGGAACGAUGGGAUCUUAUCUGAUAAAAACCUUCAUUAUAUCCAUGUGCUAUCACGUUCUGCUUGCCUCCGCCUGGUAUGUAGACUCCCCCCCCCAAAAAAAAAAUAACAACUUUGAACGCAUGCACUUUUUGGAUGUGGAAAUGUUUGACUUAACGUAUUUUUUAUGUUUAUUAUCCAGGUCAGCGAACAACUUCCUCAUGACGGGACCAAAGGCUUUUCUGACGUAUGCCAGCAGCGUGCAAAUGGGUGCACAGAGUGGAAUACAGGAGUGCAAACAUCAGUUUGGAUGGGACAGGUGGAAUUGCCCAGAGAGCGCCUUGCAGUUGUCAACGCAUACUGGCCUUCGCAGUGCAACGAGGGAGACGUCUUAUGUCCACGCCAUCAGCGCAGCAGGAGUCAUGUACACAUUGACGAAGAACUGCAGCAUGGGGGACUUUGACAACUGUGGUUGUGACGAUUCCAAAAUAGGGCAAAUGGGUGGGAGGGGAUGGAUUUGGGGAGGUUGCAGUGACAACGUUAUGUUUGGAGAGAAGAUUUCCAAACAGUUUGUUGACGCACUGGAAAAUGGCCACGAUUCACGAGCAGCUGUCAACCUGCAUAACAACGAAGCUGGAAGAUUGGCCAUCAAAGCCACCAUGAGGAGAGCCUGUAAGUGCCAUGGCGUGUCGGGGAGCUGCAGUAUCCAGACCUGCUGGAUGCAGCUGCCCGACUUCAGGAGCGUCGGCAGCUACCUGAAGGAGAAGCACGAGCAGGCCAAAAAACUACAGAUGGACAAGAGGCGCAUGAGAGCGGGUAACAGCGCGGACAACCGGGGCGCCCUCAACGACGCCUUCAGCGGCAUCCGCCGCACAGAACUGAUUUAUCUGGAGGACUCUCCGAACUACUGCUCCAAGAACCUGAGCCUGGGCCUGCAGGGCACCGAGGGCCGCGAGUGCGUCAAGGGAGACAAGAACAUGACGCGGUGGGAACGACGGAGCUGCCGCCGACUGUGCAACGAGUGCGGCCUGCGAGUGGUGGAGAAGCGCGUCGAGAUGGUCAGCAGCUGCAACUGUAAAUUCCACUGGUGCUGCACUGUAAAGUGUGAGAGAUGCACACAGACUGUCACCAAAUAUUACUGCGCGCGUAGAGAAAGAGGACGCAAGCCCCACAAUAAAACCAAACGGAGGCACCACGGGCGCAGGCAUUAGUGGCUAUAGCCUACCUGUAUAAGUAUAGUUCACUGCAGUUCAUGAAUCAAAUGCAAUUCGUUUAUAAUGAACACUGUGUUACCGUAACUACUUUAUACAUAUCUGUAAAUAUUUCAAUGCACUUAUUCAAAAUGGCGCAAAACCCAUUUAGCUCGUUUCCACUUGAUCGAGGACCCAAACAGGUUAUAGACUCAACUCUUACACUUGCAACAUGAGUUCAUGUUUUAGUUUGAGGUUUCUUCUAUUGUUGACAAUGACGUGUUAAAAAAUCAUCUAUUUUUAUUGUAAAACGCAUUUAGCCUAUUCUGUAUCCCAAAAUAAAUAUUGUAAUAAUUUA